AUGGUGUUGGCCGACCUCGGCCACAAGCUCAAUGCUGCCCUUUCUUCUCUCAAUCGGGCCUCCGUCGUUGACGAGAAGGUUCUCGAUGUCCUCCUGAAGGAAGUCUGUGGGGCCCUUCUCGAGACUGAUGUCAACGUCAAGCUUGUCGCAUCAUUACGACAAAAGGUCAAGACAAAGGUUAAGGCUGCUUUCGAGAACGGUGCAGACAAGGGGAAAGAGCAGAAUCGGAAAAAUGUUGUGCAGAAGGCGAUCUUCGAUGAGCUCGUAGGAUUGGUGGAUCCGGGUGUAGAACCCUACAAACCGAAGAAGGGGCACCCCAAUGUUAUCAUGGCCGUUGGUCUCCAGGGUAACGGGAAGACAACAACAUGCACCAAGCUCGCAGUGUACUACCAAAGACGAGGAUUAAAAUCAUGUAUUGUUUGUGCCGACACUUUCCGUGCAGGUGCUUUCGACCAGACCCGGCAGUCAGCGACGAAGGCGAAAGUUGCAUAUUUCGGUUCGUACACUGAGACCGACCCCGUCACUAUCGCCGCGCAAGGUGUUGCCAAAUUCAAGAAGGAGCGGUUCGAUGUUAUCAUCGUCGAUACUUCCGGACGACAUAAACAAGAGUCAGAGCUGUUUCAGGAGAUGGUGCAGAUUGGCGAAGCAGUCCAACCUGAUAUGACAGUCAUGAUUCUGGAUGCAAGUAUCGGUCAGGCCGCCGAGGCGCAAGCUCGUGCGUUCAAGGAGAGCGCGAAUUUCGGUGCGAUCAUUGUCACCAAGAUGGACGGUCACGCGAAAGGUGGAGGUGCUAUUUCUGCUGUGGCUGCCACGAAGACACCCAUCAUCUUUCUUGGUGUCGGAGAGCAUCUGCACGACCUGGACAAGUUCACCCCACAGCCAUUCAUCUCAAAACUGCUCGGCCUUGGUGAUGUCCAGGGUCUCGUCGAGCACAUGCAAGACAUCGCGACCCAGAACCCGGACAAGCAGAAGGAGAUGGCCAAGAAGCUCGAGGAGGGCAAACUCAGCAUCCGCGACUGGCGCGAGCAGAUCCAGAACGUGAUGAACAUGGGCCCGCUCUCCAAGAUCGCGUCGAUGAUCCCCGGCCUGCCGCAGGACCUCCUCCAGGGCUCGGACGAGGAGGGCUCGCUCCGGAUGAAGCGUAUGAUCUACAUCACCGACUCGAUGACCGCCGUCGAGCUCGACUCGGACGGGGCGAUAUUCAUGGAGUGGGGCAAGGACGGGAAGCCGACCGGGCUCACCUGGCGCGUCACCCGCGUCGCGCGCGGCUCGGGCACGAGCGUGCGCGAGGUCGAGGACCUCCUCUGCCAGUACCGCAUGAUGGCGAACAUGGCCAAGCAGGCCGGUGGCAAGAACGGCUGGCUCUCCGCCCUCCAGAAGAUGCAGACCGCUGCGGGCGGGCGAGGGCGCGGGGCGAAUGGCAUGCCCACCCAAGCGCAGAUCCAGGCGAUGCAGCGUGCAAUGCCCCCAGGCAUGCUCCAGCAACUCCAGCGCCAGAUGCGGAGCGGCGGCGGCAUGCAGGAAAUGAUGAAAGCCAUGAUGCAGGGUCAAGGCGGCGAUCAAUUCGACAUGGAGGAGAUGCAGCGGAUGAUGCAGCAGAUGGGAGGUGGCCUCGGCGGCCUCGGAGGUUUGGGCGGCCUUGGAGGCCUCGGAGGGGCCGGAGGCAUGCCUAACAUGGCUGAGAUGAUGAAGAUGAUGGGCAUGGGUGGCAUGGGCAGGGGCGGUCGAUGA